AUUAUUUGAUCAAUAAAUUGUUUCCGAUGGGGCGAUGGUACCUACUUAUAGAUGGCCAGAUAGUUUGGAAUUUUGAAUCAAUUUGAACACUCGUACAACUGGUAUACGGAUUUAUGUAUUUGAUUUGUUUUUGGGCUGCGUUUUCUAUCAGAUCUGUUCGUCAUGAUAGAAGACAUGGUUUUCAUCUUCUUGCUGGCUAUACAGCCGAGCACCGUAUUGCUUCAGGGUUCCAGUGAUCCAAAUCUUAACGCAACUGAACCUCCUAAAACAUUUUUUCUGGAUGUGUCGUCGUAUCGUUUUAAUGAGUUUGAACGGACUUUGAUUUACCAUAAUCACCUUUUUGUGGAUAAGACUAUGUUCAUUGAAGAGUUGAUUAAUCUACUGGAAAAAUGCGAACUAAUCAGUCGUCCUUCGCGGUGGGGCAAAACCUUCAAUAUGGCAAUGACUGCGUCUUUCUUCGAUAUACCCCAUCACGAAGAUGGCUCAGUUGAUGAGCACAAACGAAACAUGGUUAGAUCUUUUUUCGCAGGCGGAGCUAAAAUUGUGUUGCCAAAUAAGGAAUCACCCAUUGAAAUGAAACCACUGAAAAUUUCUAAAAUUGAAAAUGCAAUGGACGAGAUCGGAAACCAUCCAACAAUACUCAUCUCAUUUGUUGACAGCGGCAACACAUACGACGAAUUUAUCAUGAAUUUUGCAGAUAAAAUAAGGGGAUUAAUUGUUCGAAGAAACUACGUCGCGUUUUUACCCCAGUACUGUCAAUUUUGUGAUUAUCCAGAAGAAUGUUACAAAUUACUAAAUAGUACCUCAGAAGAGCUCGCAUCUAGUCCACUUGAUAUAAUCUUACAUCAUAGCAUAGAAAUAUUAACUAGUCUGUUAUCUCGCCAUUUCCGAUUUCAAGCUGUGAUCUUAAUCGAUGAAUAUGAUUACCCGUUGAAUCGAAUGACGUACGAUAGUGAGGAUUCCAACAAGACCACCGAAUUUUUGAAAAGUUUGAUCGGUUGUACAUUCAAAGGUGGUUCAAUCCCUGACAUAUACCGCGGUGUCGUAACUGGCGUGUUACAGUUUUCGAGAGCUAAAAUAUUUUCAAGGCUGGCAGUUUGUCGUGAUUGUAGCGUGACAAAACCACAAUAUAGCGCACAUUUUGGUUUCACUGAGGAAAACGUUCAAACACUGAUUGAAAAUAAUCCCAGCUUCCCACAUAAUCUGAGCCAAUUGAAAAACUGGUACGACGGCUACACAUUUGAGAAGAACCGCUUGUAUAACCCUUUGUCAAUUCGUAUGUGCCUGGUUUUCGGAGACAUGGGCAGCUAUUGGAUUGAAAGCGUUCCAAAUCCAAUGAGCCUCAAUCCAGGAUAUGGAAAAAAUCCGCUGCAUCAACCAUUUAUGCUAGAUUCAUAUCAACGUUGGAUCCAACAAUUGUUUGUUAAUGAACCAAUAAUGGGAGUUGACCUGCAAUCCGAGAUUUAUUACAAGUACGAGUAUGCUACAGAAUCCUUGGAUUUUUUUUUAUCCCUUCUAACAUCACUGGGAUAUUUGACGUAUGAAGAAACGUCCCAACAACGAUAUAUGGUCCGGAUUCCAAAUAAGGAAGUGCGUGACUUUGCGAUUAAAAAUUGCAUCAAUCUAUGGGCAAUGAAAUAUGUCUGUGAGGAGUUCGUUAUAAUAGACAAAAUCCUUUUUACGAUUCUGGAAAGCUUCAAAGUAAAUGACGUUGACGCAGUUCAACACAGUUUAUCUAGGCUGCUGUCAAAAAUCAAUGAAACAGCUCCUGCAAAACACCAUUGUGAACUUGUUUUUGGAUUAUUGGCUAAAUUCAGCGAUAUAUGGGACUUGGAACGUAGCUUUGAUGAAGUAAAUAUUUACGAGCAAGUGACAUUUCAAUGCAGUAUUACAUUGCGAUUGAAGUUGGAUAAUUGCUACAAUACCGAUCUGAUAGCAAUAAACUUUAUAAUAAAUGGUGAUUCUACUAUGGAGCAAAACAUCAUUGAGGCAAAAACUCCUACUUCUGAUACUUUGGAACAUGUCAUACCCAACGAGACUUUUUCCAUUCAGGAACCAUGCACUGAAGCAGAGACUAGGCCAACUAUUAAUCGGAGAACCACUGGAGUCUCUAAACAUAUUGCAGAAAUAAAAAACGUAAUCAAAGAAAAAGUGAUGGAAUAUUCGGAAAAAAGGGUUGUCGAGCUUAUGGAGAAAUCCAAGAGUAAAGCUGCAGAGCUUACAGAGAAACGUUGUAAAUACAUCUGGCAUACCUGCAUUGUAAUUGGGAAAAACAUUCUGGGGAUGUUCCGCCAUUAGAAAUAAGUAGGUACCUACAUUAAAGAUAGGUAUACCUAUUAUAGAUAGUCAUUAUUAUUAUUAUUCUAUUUUAUAUUAAAUUUAUUGUAAUUAUUAAUAGAUUUGUUAUAUAGGGUAAAAGCAUGUAAUAUGGGGUACCCGCUCUUUUCGUAGUCUAUGGGUGAUAUCCAAUGGGGAAAAGAUUUGAGGUGAGUUUUUAAAUGAUUCUAAAAUAAUCUAACCAGAUCCGAAAGUGAGUUGGUAGGUAUAAAUAUAAAUGAAGAAGAAUAUAUGAGGUACACUCCAAGGGUAUGCAUGCCCCAAUGUUUUUUUGUUUUUUUGAAAAUGUGGUUAAAAUGAAGUAAUAAAAGUAAGCAUAGACCUAGUGUAGAAGUAGAAAGAAAUCUCUUCUUUAUGGAGUGUUUUUUUUUUUUUUGUUGAAAAAUCCACUUAAAAUCGAGUCGAUCUUUUCACAUUAAAUUAGGGCAUUUUUUUCCUAAACAGAUUUUUCAAAAAAAUACAGCCAAUUCUUAAAAAAACAAAACCGUCUUUAAAUCACGGAUUUGUUUGCUUUUUUAUCUUUUGGAUUAAAUUUCAAAAAUUAUUAAUAUCUAAUGAAAGAAUGUAAGCUAAAAGUAAUGUUGCUUAUGAACACAGAGGCUGAACAGCUAACAGAAGAUUAGAUGCGAGAAAAUUCAAAGAAGCCAAAGGUCGUUGGCACACGCGUAUCGUUGUGACGUCAUCGAUAUAUUCCCGCGUGAAUGUAACUGAAUCUUUCUUCAUGGAAAAACGCAGUGUUCUUUUUCUAAAAAUAAAUCGCUUCUCCGUUGAAUUAUUUUUAAUCCUUUUGUGCCUUCUGCUUUUGUCAAAGAUGUACUCUUGAAAAUAAUUUUGCUAACAAGUUAUUAUAAGGGUAAUAACUUCAGAAUUUCAAUCCAAUUUUAAUAUAAGAUUAAUCAAACAGUGUAACGAAUUCGUCACAAAUCAUUACAGAAUUUUUAAAAAAAUUCCUGCAGAGACACUGACAAAAAAUCACUGGUUGAGCAUUAGAACUCGUAAAAAAUUAUUUUAUUGCUUCCUGAAUUUAUUUUUACUGUGUUACAUAUGUAACACUUAAGAGGUAGGUACUAGGUAGGUAGGUAGGUAGAUAGUAGGUACCUGAUAUAUAAUUCGAAGUAUUUUUUUAACAGCAAGAAACUGAUUUUUUUUCAAACCGAAUAGGUAAUGACAAUUUUAGUAGGUAUCAAUUAUUUAGAUUUAAAAAAUUUAAAUUAAAAACAAAAAUAGAUAUAAAUGGAGUAUUUUUUCAACUGGA